AUGGGCUGCUUCUCAAAAACCCUAAAUUUAGCUUUCGUUUUCUUGUUGGUUACUCUACCUCUUCUUGUCUCAGCCACGGAGGUAGAAAACGAAUGUGGUGGCUCCAAUGGAAGAACCUCCGCUGCGGAGAAGGCAACGGUUCUGAAGUACAAGAUCGGAGCCUUCUUCUCCAUCUUAGUCGCCGGGGUAUUCGGAGUAUGUUUACCUAUCUUCGGUCUCAAGUCAGAGAGCAACUUCUUCAUGUUUGUGAAGGCAUUCGCCGCAGGAGUAAUCUUAGCCACUGGUUUCGUCCACAUCCUUCCAGAUGCCACCGAGAGUCUCACGAGUCCGUGCCUUGGAGAAGAGCCCCCGUGGGGAGAUUUUCCUAUGACGGGACUAGUCGCUAUGGGUGGAGCGAUCUUGACCAUGUUGAUUGAGUCUUUUGCUUCAGGGUGCUUGAACAGGUCUCGGUUGGAGAAGAAGACCUUGCCGGUGAGUACUGGUGGAGAUAAGGAGGAGCAUUCUCAUAUUGGCUCUGCUCAUACUCAUGCCUCACAAGGACAUUCUCAUGGCUCUUUUCUGGUUCCUCAAGAUGAUCUGAGGAAAAGAAUCGUAACACAGAUAUUAGAGUUGGGGAUUGUGGUUCACUCAGUGUUAAUAGGGAUAUCUCUGGGAGUAUCUCCGAGUGUAAGCACAAUAAAGCCUCUCUUGGCAGCAAUCACUUUCCAUCAGCUCUUUGAAGGUUUUGGUCUUGGUGGUUGCAUCUCUGAGGCAAAGUUUGGAGUUAAGAAAAUUUGGAUUAUGGUGUUAUUCUUCGCACUCACGGCACCAGCAGGGAUUGGAAUUGGUAUUGGAGUUGCUGAGAUUUACAAUGAGAAUAGCCCAAUGGCACUAAAAGUGUCUGGUUUUCUUAACGCUGCAGCGGCUGGAAUCUUAAUUUAUAUGGCACUUGUUGAUUUGGUAGCUCCACUUUUUAUGAACCACAAAGCUCAAAGUAGUAUGAAAAUACAAUUGGCUUGUAGUUUUUCUCUUGUUCUUGGUGCUGGUUUGAUGUCCCUUUUAGCUGUUUGGGCUUGA